UUGAAACUUUUGUAAGAAGCAUAAGAAGAAAAAAAGGCAAAGAAAAGAAAAAUCUUAAAGAUUCAAGCUUUGAUAUUUGUUCCUAAUAAACUUUUAAUCUCAAGUUAAGCUUGGUAUCUGUUUCGGGUUUACAUUCAGAUAUGCAAACAGAAGCAAGAGUUGGUGUAGUAAAUCCAAGCCCUGGAGGAGGAAGAAGAGGAAACAAUGGGGUUGAAACGACAAGCUUGAAACUUAAGCAGCAACAGCAAGAGUUAUUACAAGCACAAAAACCCCAGAUCGGUACUGUCUCUCAGUUGCUUGCUGGUGGGGUUGCUGGUGCUUUAAGCAAGACUUGCACCGCCCCUCUUGCUCGUCUUACCAUUCUCUUUCAGGUGCAAGGUAUGCACUCCGAUGCUGCCACGAUAAGAAAAGCUAGUAUAUGGCGUGAAGCAUCACGCAUUGUUGGUGAAGAAGGUUUUCGAGCCUUCUGGAAAGGAAAUCUAGUUACAAUCGCACAUCGUCUACCAUAUUCUUCAUUAAAUUUCUAUGCCUAUGAGCAGUAUAAGAAGUUACUAUAUAUGUUUCCAGGGCUGGAAAGUCAUGGUAAAAGUAUGAGUUCCGACCUUUGCAUACAUUUCGUAGGCGGUGGUUUGGCAGGAAUUACUGCUGCAUCUGCUACAUAUCCACUGGAUCUUGUUAGAACACGUCUUGCAGCUCAGACGAAUGUUACAUACUACAGAGGCAUUUGGCAUGCUUUGCGAACUAUUUGCAAAGAUGAAGGGGGUUUGGGCCUUUACAAGGGACUCGGAACGACUCUUUUAGGUGUUGGACCCAGCAUAGCGAUUAGCUUUUCAGUAUACGAGAGCUUGAGGUCUUUUUGGCAGGCACGCAGGCCACAUGAUUCAACUGUUCUGGUCAGUCUAUCUUGUGGCAGUCUUUCCGGGAUUGCAUCAUCGACAGCAAUAUUUCCAUUGGAUCUCAUUAGGCGUCGCAAACAACUGGAGGGAGCUGGUGGACGAGCCCGUGUUUACACAACAGGGCUUUUCGGCACAUUUAAGCACAUAUUCAGAACCGAAGGCUUUCGUGGUUUAUAUAGAGGGAUAUUGCCCGAAUAUUACAAAGUGGUGCCUGGUGUUGGUAUAUGUUUCAUGACUUACGAAACGUUGAAGAUGGUUUUGGCGGAUGUUAGCACAAAAUUAUAGUCCGUGGCAGCUGUUUGAUCCACGGUCUGAAUCGACUGGUUGGCGAAAUUGGUUUAUGUGAUGGCACAAGCAUCAUUUAACCCCCAUAGCACUUCUUGCAGUGGCAAGUUUUGUUAUGCUACUGCUUAGAAAUAUAUUUUUCCAUGUAAACAGAUAGAUAUUGUGACUUACAUUUCAAGUGUAAUCUAAGAUGUCGUCGGCAUACUUAAGGAUUUGAUAUCGAUGGCGGUCGUCUUUGAAAACCCUCUUCCCGGUUCGAGUUUUUACCUGAUUGCAGGAAGGCAUGUAUCA